AUGUCAGGACUAUCUAACCGAGCAUGCUUCAAGUGCGGCGCACUUGGUCAUCUGGCCGAACAAUGUCCUGCCGAAAGUCGACUGUGUUACAAUUGCAAGCAAUCUGGUCAUGAAUCGGCGUCAUGUCCAAAUCCACGGACGGGAGGCGUAGAUGGCAGACAAUGUUUCACAUGUGGCGGGUUCGGUCAUCUAGCGGCGGACUGUCCAAGCGCCACCACGCUUGGGAACCGGAUCGCUGGCGUCGGCAGUUUUGGGGGGACGAAGUGCUACACAUGUGGUCAAUUUGGACAUGUCAGUCGCUCCUGCAAUCACUCUGGCAACGGGGUCGGUCAAGGUGCAUUCCAAUCUCGCAUUGGCGGCUAUAAGCCGAGACCGGCACCGAGCCAACCAGUCCAAUGUUAUAAAUGUCAAGGAAUGAAUCACUACGCCAGGUCAGGCGAUGUUCUGCCUCCCCCCAUUUAG